AUGGCCGACGAUAAGUUCAACCUCCAACCCCUCAAAGAGCAGGGCUUUGCUGGAGACGAAGAAGAGGCUGUGGUCGCAACCUUCGAAACUGCAUUCGAGUCCCUCUCCAAGACUACCUCCGAGGUAGCUCUGGAUGAGGCAGCAAAGACCAUCGCCCUGAAGCUGCAGAAUCUUGUUUCUCCAGAGCUACCCGCGGAACGGAAGGAGUAUCUCUUUGAGAUCAUAUGGGAAGGCUUGAUUGGCGCUGCAAAGCAUGUUCCUUAUCGCCACAGGGGCCAAUUACUUAUCACCAAGGCCCUUCAAGAGCUUGACCGCGUGGAGACUGGGACCAAGUUUCCUUACCUAGGACGAUGUCUGAGGGAUAAUUGGAUAGAUCCGACAUUUGAGACGGUAAAGGGCGAGGAGGAAACAUACUCACACAGUGAGUGGCUAAACCUGAAUUCCUUUGCUGCACGAAUCUUCGGGAAGGAGGACCCGAGCCUUGACAGAACCGCCACCGACUGCAAAGUCGCCGUUGCCAGCGAGUGGAUUAUCCAAGCGGCACCAGACCUCCUUCGACGGUGUCUUCUCGAGAAGAACGACGUCGAUGAAGCCGUGAAGGUAUCGUACAGGGCCGGUGAAUUGUUUGCUGGUCACUCAGGACUGAAUCUGGAGCGCUGGGGAUUUUGGAAGCGCAGGCUUGAAGAGGUUCGCCACGACGUUGGUGAGGAAGCUCGGGCAAGUGUCGAUCAAGCUAUGAAGGCCAUGACAGCGGCCGCAACGGCACUCGCAAACUGA